ACUUGGCCCAGCCGGGACGCCAGGAGGGGCCAUGAGCAGGAGGAGGACGGCGCUGCUGCUGGCUGCGCUGGCCCUGCUGCUCCUGGGCGCCCAGCGCCGCCUCAGGCACCCGGGAGAACUGCGGCUCUCAGACUGGUUCGACCCCAGAAGCCGCCCUGACGUGGUGACCAUGACGGCCUGGCGGGCGCCCGUCAUCUGGGAGGGCACCUUCGACAGAGACGCGCUGCGCAGGCACUACGGCGCCUGCAACCUCACCGUCGGCCUGGCUGUCCUCGCGGCCGGCAGGACGGCGGAGAAGCACCUGGAGCCCUUCCUGACAUCCGCCAACAAGCACUUCAUGGUGGGCUCCCGGGUGGUCUUCUACGUCCUGGCGGACACCCACAAGGACGCCCCACACGUGGAGCUGCUGCCGCUCGACCCCGCGGCGCCCCGCAGGCUGCAGGUGCUCCCCAUCCCCGAGGGCAGCUGGCCGCAGGACCCCGAGGCCGCGGGCAUGCACAGCCUGGGGGCGCACAUCGGCCCCCGCAUCGCGGGCGAGGUGGACUUCCUGUUCUGCAUGGCGGCCAGCCAGCGCUUCCAGAAUGACGUCGGGGAGGAGGCCCUGGGCGCCGCCGUAGCCCAGCUGCACCCCUGGUGGUACUUCAGGGGUGCCGGCGACUUCCCCUACGAGCGGCGGCCCGCCUCUGCGGCCUGCAUCCCCCGGGGCCAGGGGGACUUCUACUACGACGGCGCCCUGGUGGGGGGCACCCCGUGGCGGCUGCUGGGCCUCAUCGAGCAGUGCCUGCGGGGCCUGGCGCACGACGCCGCGCUGGGGCUGCGCAGCACCUUCGAGAGCCACCUCAACAGGCACUUCCUCCUGCACAAGCCCAGCAGGCUGCUGUCGCCCGAGUACGGCUGGGACGCCGCGCUCGCCCCGCCCGCGCAGGUGCGCUACGUGAAGGUGGCCCGGCUGUCGCGGCGCGGGCAGUGA